AUGGACGCACCCCUUGACCAGCUCAAGCAGUUGGCAGCGACGGCUGACGAUGUAACCCGUCAGCAGCUCGUGAAGUCGCUGAACGAGUUGGUCCUCUCGCUAGAAAGCCCCAAUGACACGGUCCACAGAUACGGACACAUGAACCUCCAGACAGCCACAAUCAGAAUCGGCUUCGACUUGGGACUGUUCAAGCUCUUAUCUGAAGCAGGAGGCCCGAUUACCGUAGAAGAGGUGGCCCAAAAGACUCGAUCAGAGCGCGCCUUGAUUCAUCGAAUCUUGAGAUACCUCGAGGCCAUUGGCGCAGUCACCGAGACCUCGGCAACCCAGUACAGCGCGAACAACGUCACUAGAAACCUCACGGAGAAGGCUGUUGAAGCAGGCUUGGGACAUUACUUCUACACGGCCGGACCGCAGUAUGAGGCCCUGCCGGCCUUCCUGAAGAGAACAAAUUACAGAAACCCCGCCGACGAGCUGCAUACAGCUUUCCAGGAUGCAUGGAAAACGCCACUCCACGCGUUUGCUUGGUUUGGUGAGAACCCCGAGCACCUCGCCAAUUUCAAUGACUACAUGGCUCUUCGUCGUCAGCCCCAAGUUUCGUGGCUCUCGGUGUAUCCGGUCGCACGCGAAAUCAAGAAUUGGCAUGCGCAGGACCAAGACAAAGUUUUAUAUGUCAACGUGGGUGGCGGCAUCGGACAUCAGUGCAAACAGUUCAAGGAGAAAUAUCCCGAUCUGACCGGGAGGGUGGUCCUUCAGGAUCUCCCGCAUUCGAUCGCGAAGGCUCUACCGACUCCGGGAGUUGAGAACCUGGAGCAUGAUUUUUUCCAACCGCAGCCGAUCAAGAGUGAGUAG